AUGGAGAAAUACAAUAAAUUAAAAUUAAUCGGUUCUGGAGCUUUUGGUCAAGCAUGGCUUGUUCAAUCGAAAGCAGACGAAACAAAAUACGUUAUGAAAGAAAUAAAAAUUGCUAAAAUGGGCAAAAAAGAAUGUGAUGAUGCACGAAAAGAAGUUAAAGUUCUCAGUGAAAUGAAACAUCCAUAUAUUGUUUCAUAUGUUGAAUCAUUUGAAGAUGCAGCAAGUUUAUUUAUCGUAAUGGAUUAUUGUGAUGGUGGUGAUUUACAUUCACGUAUACAAGCUCAACGUGGCAUUUUAUUUAAUGAAGAUCAAAUACUUGAUUGGUUUGUACAAAUAACUCUAGCACUUAAACAUGUUCAUGAUAGAAAAGUUCUUCAUCGUGAUAUUAAAUCACAAAAUGUUUUUCUAACACGUGAUGGUUCAGCUAAAUUAGGUGAUUUUGGAAUUUCAAAAAUUUUAAAUUCUACAUGUGAAUUAGCACGUACACAAAUAGGUACACCAUAUUAUUUAUCACCUGAAAUAUGUCAACAGAAACCAUAUAAUAAUAAAUCAGAUGUUUGGAGUCUUGGUUGUGUUUUAUAUGAAUUAACUACUCUCAAACAUGCUUUUGAUGCCAAUAAUAUGAAUGGUCUUAUUAUGAGAAUUGUUCGUGGUUCAUUUAAUCCUAUUCCAGCAAAAUUUAGUGGCGAUUUACGAACGUUAAUAGCAUCUAUGCUUAAACGAGAACCACGUGAACGUCCAUCAGUUAAUACAAUUUUACGAAAACCAUUCAUCAGUCGACGUAUUCCAAAACACUUAGCAGAAGAAGUGCAUCAAGCUGAAUUUAAUCAUACUGUUUUACAUGGUCAAAGAUUAUCAGUUGAUCUUGUGCAUCCUACUCCACCACCAAUACCUCGUCCAUUGGUAGUUCCAAAACCUAAUGUUAUCUCUCCUCCUCAUCCACCAAUUUCUGCUCGUCCGAGUUCGGCGGCGUCAAAAGUAUCACCUUAUGAACCGGUGAAGGCAUAUGGAGGUGUAUCUCCUAUAAAGCGUCCAGUUUCCGCAGCUCCUGCUGCUGCUAAUCGAGGAUCACAAGAGAAAAAAUUGAGUGAAGCUAAUCGAAAACCAAUCAUAGCGGUUGAUAAAGAAAAUGAGAUAGAAAAACGCCGUAAAGAACUUGCCAAACAAAAAGAAGCACGAGAGAAACAAACUAAAGAAGAAGCAGAGAAUUUAGCGAAAAAACAACAAGAACUAAUGGAAAAAGACAGACAAGUAAAUAUGAAUCGUGAUAGAGGACAUAAUCGUUUACUAUUAAGUUAUAGUAGUCCGGAUUUACCGGACAUGAAUAAUCAACGUGUUACACCCCCAGUAGUUCCACAAGCGAAAAUAAAUCGAGUAUCUACUCCUUCAUCAGCUAGAGAACCAGCUGCGGCAUCACCAACUCCUAGUGCAGCAAAAGCAGGUAAUUAUGAUCAAUAUCAUGAACUAUUAGAUCAGCAUAAACAGAAAAUGGCUGAUGGCGAACGAAAUAUGGAUGAAUGGAAUAAAAUUAAUCAAGCUCAAAAACCUAAUCCUCACGUUCAAGUAUAUCAAAAACCAGUUGUUGGUAAUCAUAAUUUACGGCCGACACCAGGUGCAAAUCUUGGCCGACCAGCAGCACUGAGAAAUGAUUAUCUAGAAAAUCGACGUCAAGCUCAAUUGAACAAAGCUCGUGGACAAGGUUAUGGGGCUGGAGCUGCUGCUGCUGUGAAUCCGAAUGUUGGUGUUGUUGGUCGUAUAGCUGCUGAAUUUAAUCGAAAUCUUGAAGAAGUUCGUCGAAAAAAUCUUUCAGACAAACGAGAAGUAAUCGGUAAACCACCAACUGAAUACAAAAAGCCACCUAUAAAUAAACCAACUAGCAGUAAUCAAGUGGAUGAAAAAUAUCGUUCAGCUUACGAUCAACAAAUUGUUAUAGCUCAAAAAGAAAAAGAAAAACAAGCUCAAGAAGCUUUGAAAAAGAUUGAGCCAGUUAAUCAUAAUUUGACUGAAUUAUUAAAUGAUAUUGGUGUUCGACCACCUAGUUCGGAGCAAGAGAAGAAGAAAGCUAUCUUACAAAAUCUUAAUGCAAAAGUUGUUCGAGAAGCUUGGGAACAAUAUGGUGGACCGCCUAAAUCUCGUUCACAAUGGAAUCAACAACCACAUCUAGAUUCGGCAAUUUUAAAUCAUCAGCCCGUAAUGAAUGAUUCCUGUUUACCUGACUUAAGUAUUCAAGGACAAGCAAUGAAUAUAGACAAUAUAAAUACACCGAAUCGAUCACAAUGGGGUAAUGGACCACGAGGUACACUUAUUAAUGUACUUGAACGUGCAAAUGUUUAUGAUAAUACAAUGACAAGUACAACGAAUAAUGCAACAUCGAAUAUUAGUUUGAAAGUACCAGUAAAUCGAACUAAUCGAAAUCGAAACAAUGAAACUUAUGUCAUAAGUAGUUCAAAAUUAGGUGUUCCUUCCAUUCCUAAAAUUGAUAUAGAAAAAAAACCUAUAGAAAAUGAUCUAGUUGUAGAAGAAUUCAAUGCAACAUUAAAAUCUCGAUCCAAAAAAGACACAGAAUUAAAACAUAUAAUAGUAUCAGACAAAGACGAGCUCGCCGAAUGUUUAACAACAGGACGUUUUGAUGCUAAAAACAGACGACUUCUUCGUACAGUUUCAAAUCCUGAAUUACAUAAAAUCGAUGAAUUACCUGAAGAAACAUUGGAUCUAUCAAAAAAAUUAAAUCAAAGUUUAACUGAUAUUAUUCAAUCAUCUCAAGAACCAUCAUUUUCCAGUGCUACGAAGAAGCCAACUACUACUAAGAGUACUAGUGAUUCAAGCACAAAUGAGGAAAAGUCGGAAUCUGAUGAUGAUGAUGACGAGGAAGAUGAAAUGCAACCUUUAGCAAUAGCUUAUCAAAGUCAAUUAUAUGAUGAUGAGAAUGAAAAUGAAAAUAAAAUAAAACAUUCAGCAAGUGAAUCUGUGAUAAAAAAAGAUAAAUCAAAAGAAUUAACAACACAAAAUGAUGAUGAUAUUGAUAAUGAUGAUGAUGAUGUUUGGUGUAAUCCAGAAGAUGAAGAUAAUCUUGAACAUCGUGUUAAACUUGAUCAAGAAAAAGAAAAACAAUUACGUGAAGUUCUUGGUGAUGAAACAUUAGAAAUUGUUCGUGAAGCACUUAAAAAAAAUGACGGAGAUACACAAGCAUUAUGCAGUCUUUUACCAGAAGAUAAACGCUAUUUAAUUGAUACGGACAUUUUAUUUACAUUGAUUACAAUGAAUGCACGAUUCAUGACAAAAUAA